AUGUGGCGGCACAAGGGCGGAGAGGCGGGGAUGGAGGAGGCUCUGCGACGGCUGAAGGGUGCGCUGGGCAAGGGACGCGGGUGGACGCGCGGCAUGGUGCGUGCAUUGGAGGAACGACGAUUUGCGGGCGAGGCCGGGGGCGGCAUGGUGGAGCUACAGAUGAACGGGCUGGGCCGAUUACUGGAUUUCAAGGUCGACCCUGCUCUCGGACGCCACCAUGAAUCGCAGAACGCUCUGUUCAAGAUGCUGCAAGAGGACCCUAGCGACACCACUGAUGUGGAGCCUGAGCAGAAACACGAUGGCGACGUGAGCCAGCGUCAAAAUACAGGGCGGCAGGAAGAGUACGACUACAGGGCCAACAACACCAUUCAGCACGCCGGUGUGCAGUACAUUCUCGACUCCAUCAUCGCUGCGCUCCAGAACCCCGAGAGAAAGUGGUGGAGCGAGCAAUCGGAAGACCUGAAGACCAUCAUCGUGCACAGCCUUGUUGGUGCGCGCCGUUGUGGCGAGGAAAAGGAAGCAGGCGAGGAGUCGCCGGCCGCCAGAACGUGCAUGGCAUCACCACUCCAAUGA